UUGACAUUAAAGUAAAUACGAAAGAUACGUGUCAAUCAAAUUGCAAUAUAUGUAUACACAUUAAUAUUUCUACUUGAAAACUUAAAAAAAAUUAUCGUAGAAUAUAAAAAAUGGUUUUACUAGACAAUAGCUCUUUUAUUGUAGCAUUAGAAAAAUUUGCAAGUGGAUCUAAGUUAAAUGGGUCUUUUACUGUUACUUUUAAAAAAUUUGAUGGACAUAAUAAGCCGAAACCCAGAGAAGGUAGGCCUCCUUUAAAAGAACCUGAUGAAUAUUUGUGCCUUGUAAGAGCACAAUUCAAAUCUAAGAAGGUAUCAACAUUAGUUAGGCCAGAAGAUGUUCCACGAAUGAUGAGUAUAUAUUCUCAAUUUAUGAAAAGUAAUAUGGAUGGUUUGAAACGAAUUAAAAAAGUCAAAACUAAAACAAAAGCAGCAAAAGGCUAAGUUAAAUUAAAAAAAACUUAUAUUUUUAUUGUUUUUCUUUUUUAAUUUUCCUUUAGUAAAAAAAUAAGUUUUUAAGUACACAUUUGUAAACCUAUUUUUGCAAUUUAAAUAUAUAAGAAAAUAUAUCGAUGUAAUUCAAAAAAAAAAAAAAACAAAUAAAAACAAUUUUUUAUUAAACGUA